UUUUGGUCAAGAUUUAAACGACUGGCAACAUCUCCAAUCAGAUUUACUCUUAUUUGACAUUGUUUUCAUUUUCGUAACGAAAAAAAGCAGAAUUGUAAAUACGACACUAGAGUGCAAUUGUGUAUUGGGGGUCAUUGUGGACGACGGACGGCGCAUCAUAUAUAAAGGAAUACCAAAGUUAGCAUGAAGUGAAUGCCACAAUGAAUAGCAGAAACAAGAGAGCAAGGUUGGAGUUUUCGGUGGCACCGACAAAUAUCGAUGCAGGCAUCGGUAACGGAUGUGCAAUGAACACCAACCAAUUAGCUUCCAACAUCAUUGGCACGCAAAACAUCUUCUUAAGUAAUACCACCAACUCGGCCACGAACAAUACAGUGAGCAUGCUACCCGCAAAUGUUUUUCUUACCAUCUGUGAUGAGAACUCUGACGAGUCGGAGGACUAUUUGGCCAUCGGUAGUACACUGACACAAAUUAAGCAAGAGCACGAAGAUGCAUUGUGCCUUGGGAAUGUAAACAGCAGUAGCAGUACGCAGGCCACGCAGACAUUGCCCGUGCAAUAUCGCAUUGUCAACCAGAUGCAACGUCAACUGCACAGUGUAGAUAAUACGCUCGCCAGUGAUAGCGUAGUUAGUACUAAUGAAAGCAAUGGUUUAAGCGCUACGCUGCCAAUGCAUCUACCUAACAGCUGCGAAAUUUAUAUAGUCAAGGAAUACGUAGAUAAUAUGCCCACCAUACUACCCGAAGACAGUGAGCUGUUGCAAGGUCCGCCUAGCCCAAUGACCAACACUACCACCGCACCAGAUGCAAUCAAGUUAGAGCCGGACUCUUCUUUAACGUCAACAGCGGGCGCUGUUGCAACUACUUCCGCAUCAACAUCAAUUAAUGGCGUGCAGAUACUACGCAACACUCCGCUGCCUUGCAUGAUCACAAAUAAGCUAUCGAGUUCAACCGCUAAUGAGAGAAUAAAUUCCAUUUCGAAUAAAAAUAACGCAGCAGUAACAGCCAUAAACAGUGGUGAUAUACAGGGCAAUAGUACAAAACGCAGUUGCAUAUUGGAGGCUUACAAAAAGCGCGAUGACAAGCGUCGCGCAACUCAUAAUGAGGUUGAACGACGACGACGCGAUAAAAUAAACAAUUGGAUAUUUAAACUCAAAGAAAUGCUGCCCUCGGAAGGUGCUAGUAACAACAACAACAGCAACAAUCAACUAAAUAGCUUGGUGGAGCAAAUGUCCCAAAAAAGCAACACCAACAACAGUAGUGGGAAUAGUAAUGCCAGCAAUAACAGCAACAAUGGCAACAGCAAUCGCACGCCACCCAGCGAUUCCAAGUCUCAAAUACUAAUUAAGGCUUGCGAGUAUAUCAAAACAAUGCAGGACGAGAUCAAGAGCCUACGCGAGUGCCUUAGCGAAAAUGAAAAUUUGCGAUUGAGUAAUCAGCGUUUACAAAAUGAAUUAAAUAAAAUGCAAAGCGAGCGAGCGGCGGCAGCUGCAAGUGCUACUUUGCAUACGCGCAGCUUCAAUAGCAAUUUCAAUAUAACUUUGAACAGCUUGAACAGCAAUAACAGUAAUGGCAGUGCGGGUUUGGGAGGCGGUGGAACAAGCGGCGGCGUCGACAGCGCCAGCAAUAGCCCUGGUGGUGGGGGAAGCAUAUUCAGUAGCCUCAAUAUUACGCCGAAUGUAAGCAGCACGAAUACGUAUACGAAACGAGAAUUAAUUAUACGAGAUUAUGUUGACUAGAAUGAAGUAGUAAUUAGAUUAAAAAUAUGCCAUUUUUAAUUCGGUUAUCAACCAAGAAUAGGUGCUGAAAAGGUAAAAGUCAUCUAUAUAAGUAUGUAGUUUUUUUUUGUUAGUUUACUGUUGCAUCACUCACUUACUUAUAACCUAAUGAGUGCAAGAAAUUAACUAGUUUACUCUUCUUGUUACGAUUGUAUAAUGAUUAACGUAAACCUCGAAGAAAAUUUUAGCAAGGACACUAUAUGCUACAUUAACUAAUGCAUACAUACUAUCAACCUGUAGUUUAGUAAAGAAAAAAAAAAAGUUAAAACAAAUUAAAUUACAAUGUGCUUCUCAAAAUUAUAUGCGCUUCCUUAAAUUAGUGCAAACUCUGCGCAAAUCGCGCGCUCACUUUAACUCUUGACUUUUAACACACCUUCUCUUACUCACACUUACUUGUAUGUAGACAAAAUUUAAAAAAAAAGCAAAACUUAAGCCUCUUUAAAUCUCAAAUAAAAGCAAUUUCAAAAAAAUAAAUAUGCAUAAAUGUACAUGUGUAUGUAAGCAUUGAAUAUGCACAGCUGCAGUUUAACUAUUUUGUUUAAUUAAGUUAUUCAUAUUUAACACUUUCAUUAAUGUACUUAAAACCUUCUGUGCAAUUUUUAUUAAUUUUAACUGUUCAUUUUAAAGCCUUCCAUUUCUUGUUUGUAUUUUAAACUGUGGACAUGUUUUAUUUUAUUUUAUUUUGUAUAUUCAAUAAAAAAAGAAACUUUUGUACACAAUUUUAGUGUCUCUAAUAAAUAAAAAAAAGAAGAUCAACACGCGCAUUAGCAGCCCAAUAAAAGCUAAAUGCAAACAUCUUUAAAUUUGAGCCGCGAAAGAGUUGUUCAAAUUCCUGUUAACUCUUUAUUUGGCUGCCACUGCAAGGAAAAUAAUAAAGAUAAUUGCAAUAAAUUUAGAUAUACAUAUAGAAAUAUGUAUGUAUGUGUACAUAAAGUGAUACAGUUUAUAACCAGAAUUAUUAACAAUUAAAAAAUAUUUGCUGUGACUUGUUACACUCAUUUUUGGUAAACGGCGAUUGCAUACAUAUAUUUAUAAAGAAUAAUAAUACCAGUUGUUUUUGUAAGCGUUGUAACGUAGUGCAAGCAAUUUUUUGCCUUUUACAUUAGCAAAACAAAAAUGGAACAAAUUUUUUAAAAGCGUUGAUGAUUGGAAAACAUCCUUACACUAUAUAAAUAGUAGCAAAUAUUAACAAAAGGUGGUUUCAUACAACCUUUUAAAAGUUAUUUAUUACAAAAAAAAAAAAACAAUGUUAAAUGUAGCAACCCUUUUUUUAUUUAUUAAUAGUUGCAGUUUUUGAACCAAAAUAAUGUUACGCAGUGAGAGUGAUUAUUAUAGAUAAUUUAUGCUAAAAAAAUCUAAAAAUAUAUACAAUUAAAAAUAACUAUUAAAACAUUAUACCAGUUAAAUAAACUAUUGAAUGCCCAAACCGGUAAUAAAUAUCAAAUUCAAAAUAAUAAACCCUAAAUUAAAUAAAAAGUUUCUAAAAAUGCAAA